AUGUCGUUGAACACAUUCGACCCGAACCAGGCUCAGAACCUGCCAGAGAUCGAGAAGCAGAUUGCUGUGCGCUGUGUUGAGCAUGCGCAGACGUACUGGAACCUGCUCGAGAAAGUGAAGGCGUCGGCUCUUCGUUUGACCAAGCUGGACGACGAGAUCAUGGCCGACUUUGAGGAAACGUUCCCGGAACUGGCGCAGAACGACGAGCAGAUCCGCAAGAUUGACGAGGAUGCCAUGAAGAGUCCUCAGGGCAAGGAAAAAUGGCGCAACUUUAUUAAUAAGUACGAAAAGAAGGUCGCCGACUUCAACUUUGGUACGCUGAUCCGUACCGAUGCCUCGGACGAGUAUACACAGAGCAACACGAUCUUUUUGACGCGUUUCCAAUUCUACGUGUUUGAAAUCGCACGCUGCCGUCGUGGUAUGAACGACUGGGUGCGUGACCAGGCUGUGAAGGCCAAGGCAUCAUCAUAG